GUUUAGAGGCAUUGCCGGUUUAGCCGUUACAUUGCCGUCAAAUGCAUCUAAUGGAUGGCGUGGACAGCUUUCGAACCACACACUGUUUUCAACUGCACAGGACGGCAAAGGGUGAGUUCCCUACUUUUAUACAUAUCUGACGGCCAUGCUCGUUGGAUUGGCAGAAGCACCGGCAAGUCUUCCUCGACGGCAGCCGCCAAGCACCGACCACUAUCUCGAUUUCUCCCUUCCCAGCCCCACCCUCUACAAUGUUUCUUCAGAAGGGAUUCAGGACAGCUGCUUUUGGUCUCUACGGAUUUUUACGUUUCACAAAAUCUGGAUUCGAGGACAAUGCCAAGCGAUUUAAAGCAGAAGACAUGGAAAUCCAGAUGACAGGAAAAAAUUGCAUGGUCACUGGAGCAAACUCUGGAAUUGGCUAUGCAACUGCAGAGGGUCUUGCAUCACGUGGCGCAACUGUAUACAUGGUUUGCCGUAAUAAAGAGAAGGGAGAAGCUGCAUUGUCUGAAAUUAAGACAAAGACGGGUAAUCCUAAUGUACACCUUGAGAUUUGUGACCUUUCCUCCACGAGCGAAAUCAAGUCAUUUACAUCCAGAUUUUCUUCAUCUGAACGACCACUUCAUGUCUUGGUUAAUAACGCCGGAUUGCUUGAGCACCACCGUGUUACUACUGCAGAUGGAUUGGAGCUCAACUUCGCAGUAAAUGUUGUAGCAACUUAUGCUAUGACACAACUGUUUUUGCCACUGUUGGAGCAAGCAGCACCUGAUGCACGAGUUAUAACAGUUUCCUCAGGUGGAAUGUACACACAAGAUUUAACAGAUAACUUACAGUUCAGUGAACCUAAGUUUGAUGGGACUGUGCAGUAUGCACGAAACAAGCGAAUUCAGGUUGCAUUGACGGAAAAAUGGGCGGAGUUGUACAGCCACAAAGGCAUUGGCUUCUAUUCGAUGCAUCCAGGUUGGUCCGAAACACCUGGUGUUGCAAAGAGCUUACCGGGUCUCUCCAAAAGAUUAUCUGGUAACCUCAGAACUAUAGAGCAGGGGGCAGACACAAUUCUGUGGUUAGCUUUGCAGCCAAAAGAAAAAUUGACGUCAGGUGCGUUUUACUUUGAUCGAGCUGAAACAACAAAGCACUUGCCACUUUCAGGUACCAGACAUUCGCCUGCCGUGAUGGAUGCGAUUCUCAAGAACCUACAAGCGCUGAUAUUUUCAAGGGAAUGAGAUAAUCUUAACAGUAACUCCAUUCUUGUCUCUCAUGAGAAUGGAAUAGAACGCAAUGACUUUAAUAUUUGUGCAGUAAAUCGUAAGUCCAUGUCGGCAAUGAUUUGAGUAGCGAAAAAUGUUUUGUAUAGUUUAUCCGUUUAUUUUCUGGUAAUACAUGAUGGAAGUUCUUUA